CGGCGCUGUUUUCAAUGACGACAGACUACGAAGGACGAGACCACCCGUCGAGAUGAGCGAGUCGGUCAAAGUGGCGGUGAGAUGCCGCCCCAUGAAUCAGAAGGAGCUGCAGCACAAGUGCAAGAGCGUCGUCGCCGUGGACAGCAGCCAGCGUAGCUGUAGCCUGUCCGACAAUGGUAGCUGUUGCGGCAAGGUGUACCAGUUCGACGCGACCUUCGAACCGGAGGCCUCGACCGAAGCCGUGUACGAGCAAGUGGGGUCGUACGUGGUCGAGGCCGUGCUGGAAGGCUACAAUGGCACUGUGUUCGCUUACGGGCAAACGGGCUGCGGCAAGUCGCACACGAUGCGCGGCUUCAUCGAGCGGGCCCUCGAGCACCUCUUCGAGGCUACCUCGACGGCGAGCUCCGACACCCGCUACCUCGCCCUGCUCACCUACCUCGAGAUCUACAACGAGAAGCUGCGCGAUCUCCUCGACCCCGGGGAAGGCGGUCAUCAGCUGCAGCUGAAGGAGGAUCCGGUGCGCGGGACUUACGUGGCGGGGGGUUUGCGCGAGGUGACGGUCAAGGAUGGCCGGGAGUGCGCGAGGCUGGUGGAACAGGGGGACCGGAGGCGGGUGGCGGCGGCGACGAGGAUGAACGCGGCGAGCUCGAGGAGCCACGCGGUGCUCACGAUAUCGCUCGAGGCGAUAGCCAUUGGGCCAGCGGCGACUGCGGGCUCGGGGGCAGUGCGCCGGGGUAGGCUGCACCUGGUGGAUUUGGCGGGCUCGGAGAGGCAGAGGCGCACCGGGGCGACGGGCGAUCGGCUCAAGGAGGCAGCCAGCAUCAAUCUCAGUCUCUCGGCCCUGGGCAACGUCAUCAGCGCCCUCGCGGCUGGCAAUGGCCGUCACGUGCCCUACAGGGACAGCAAGCUGACGCGCCUACUGCGGGACAGUCUGGGCGGUAACGCGCGCACUCUGAUGAUAGCCUGCGUGAGUCCGAGCGACGUCGACGCCGAGGAGACCCUGAGCACGCUGCGCUACGCCGCCCGGGCGCGUUGCAUCAAGAACAAGCCCAUCGUCAACGAGGACCCAAAGGACGCCCUCCUGCGCCAGUACCAGAUCGAACUCCAACGGCUCAGGAAACUCCUGGAAACGAACGCCACGGAAAACGACGAGCUGCAGUCCACGAAAAACGUUGACGAAGACGACCAACGGGCGGACCCUGAGGACAAAACCAUCAGUGCUGAUGGCGAGACGUUGGCAGAGGCCGUGGAGGUCCCGAGCUCGGAGUCCCCCGCGUCUAAUGGCGUCGUGGACGAGCGUCACCAGCGAAAGCGCGAGGCCGCGAAGCAAGAGGUGCUCCGGAGACUCGAGCGACUGACGAUCGGCGGCGAAGCCCUGGGCGACGCGGAGAUCCAACGGCGCAGGGAACGCCGACGGAAGCGGCUCCAGGCGCUGGCCGAGGCCCUCGAGCGCAGCAGCCAGGAGGGCAACGGGGGCGCCUUCGAGGUGUACGGGCAACUCAAGUCCACCGAGGACGCCCUCAAGCGCAUGGCCAGGAAGGCCAAGCAGCUCGAGGCCGAAGCUGCCGAUUUGCAGGCCUCGUGGGACGAGGAGCGUAGGGAGCUGUUGCGCCGUGAGCUGUUGACCCAGCAGAUCUGCGAGGCGAUGCUGCCGCACCUGAGGCCGGGCUGUCCGCUGCGCAACCUCCAGGACGUGCGAGACGCCUCCACGUGGAGCUCGGAGCUCGGCCGGUGGCGGCUGCCCGACCUCACCGGCAAGUAUCAGAGCUUCUCGCUGCCACCCCCGGCCCCGAUGCAGAACUCGCCACCCCCGGCGUCGGAUCGGAUAAACAACAACAGCAGCACCGCUGGUGCCAGGGGUAUCGGUAGCGGCUACGGGAGGAGUAGUAGUAGGAGCAGCUUGGACGAGAACGACAGCGACAACGAGGCCAAGAGGGUCAACAUCGCCGAUGUCUACUUCAAGAGGAACCGCGUCGACAAGAUCUUGGCCCACGCCAGGGAAGCCAAGACGUUUGAUGCAGGGGGGCGAGUGAGCAAAUCGGGCAGUUCGUCGGAGGAGGCCCAACCGAGCCCACAACCGAUCGCCUCCACCCAGCAGCGCCAGUUGGGCUCCCUGGGUGCCCUCAACGCCGGCCCGUCCAUCGACAACUGGCGCCCGAAAAUCGGUGGCUGGCUGGACCCGGAGCAAACCGCGGAAGCCGAGAAGACGACCAUUGGCAGUCCGCCCUACGGCACGGCUCUGACGAGCCUCCAUCACAAGCGGAACCACUUGCAGCCACCGCCGAGGGUCCUCGAGGCUCUGCCCGCUUAUCCGCACAUCAGCACCUCUGCUCUGCCCCACAGGCUCCAGGGGCCCAUCUCCUGAGAGCCGAGGCGCGAUGGUUGACGCACAUGCCCCUCUCGCUUCGGUGGUUUUGGCCGAUGACCUCGGGCUCCUUUAUCGCCGACUGCGCGCGUCUCCGUAAUGGACAAAAGGAAAAUUAGUCUUAUCGCGGGCGCACAUGGGUUUGUGAGCUUUUCGCAAUCUGCGAUUGAGCGCGAUGGCGCAUGCGGAGUAAGAGGAAUUAUAGCGAUGGUAUAUAUGUAUAUUUUUUUGAAAAAAAUCCCGCGUGUAUAUAUAUAAUGUCAGCGAGUGUGAUGCGCUAGAAUCGUAUUGGAAAAAUCUGAUCGUAUAUUUGCAUGAGUCUUAAUAACGUGCGCGCCGAGCGAGCGAUCGUCCUUUCGUUGGCUUUUUCUUCGAAGAUCUAAUGU